CUGACUUGAGCAAAUUUGCGAACACGAACGCUGUGCGCGCAAAUUUGCUCAAGUCAGUACCACUCAAAAAUGUUGUGUGCGUAAGCGCGUUCCCGCACGAAUACUAUCCGUCGCUUGUCGGUACAUCAAAGGAAACUCGUGCUCAGUGUGGACGGUGUUUUGGUCAUGAAAGCUUGUUCGCGCAUAGUCUUUUAUAAAAUAUGGAGUGGGACAAUGAAAAGGCGCUCCAAUUAAUAGAUGAAUAUGAGAAAUAUCCGAUUUUAUGGAAUGCCAAACAUCCGGAGCACUUCUCAAGGAACAAAAAAUCAGAUGCAUGGGAACAUAUUGCGUAUAACUUAAAAGUGGAAGAACAUGAAGCGAAACAGAAAAUGAAUAGUCUUCUAGGGUCAUUUCGGAGGGAAAAAGCAAAAGGAAAAAAAAGUUUUGGGACAGGCAUAGGUCAGAAAGAUGUGUAUAUAUCGAAAUGGUAUGCAUUUAAAAGAAUGCAUUACUUACUUGAUAAAGAUGAACCAAGAGAAACAAUUGAUACAGAGACAGAAUGCGCUAUUAUUGAUGAGGUACAGAAUCCUGAGGAAGAAGAUCGCGGACCGCUGGAUACUUCUCCCCAAAAUUCUGAUUUAGGAAGCACAACACCUCAAAUUGACUUGCAACCCCAAAAUGAACAGGAUGUGAAUGAAAUGCCUCCAAAACCGAAAAAGAUGAAAGCAAAACAGUAAAAUGAAGAUCCAAGAUUGGAGGAAGCUUUUCAAAUUUUGACAAAAAUGGCCGCACCUCAAGCAGUCGUAACAGAAGAUGAAUUUGCAGUAUAUGGACAAUACAUAGCAAAUAAACUGAGAGGUAACAGUAGAAGGACUCCAGUCAAAGUUGAACAUGCUUUUAGUCGAAUUCUCUAUGAGGCUGAUAUCGGCAAAUACGAGUGGGUUGCUCAACCAGUACAGUUUGUUCCUCAUACUAUGUCACAACAACUUAC